AUGAUGAGUGCCAAGCCCUGUUCCCGCGUCCACUUCCGCUCGAUCAAGUUUACCUUCCUUGCGAGCAUUGCCCACCAAAGAUACGCCUCAAUGGCUCCCAGACUGCGCAGUGCGCUCGGCCUUUCGCGUCAACUGGACGCCAGCGCCGUGUUCUACUGCCCGUCGUGCGCCAUCUGGCGACGAACACUGUCGACGCGCAACAUCGACAAAGCCAACACCCUCCGACGGAACGGCCGAUCUCAAAACACAAUUGCUGCAUCCAGUCCUCGAGCAUUCACUAGCUCGACUGUCAUUACUGCAAAGAGCGUUCCACCGCGAUUCAAGGACCUACACGCGGCCCUCGAGGGAGUCAAAGAUGCCUCUCUGGAGCAAGUAAACCUCAGCAGACUGCAGCUUGCGCUCCGAGGGUUGGAAACAGAGGCGCCUUUAAUCAGAGUAGCUGUCCUUGGGUUGAACGAUGCAACCUCCGCCCGAAAACUUGUCAGACUCCUGCUUGCAGACCCUCUGAUGCCACGACAAAAUUGGGAAGACAUCCUUGAGACAUAUGAUACCGAUACUUCCCGCGGGCUAUUGAUCAGAUAUGGCGAAAGCUCAGAAUCUAUCCCUAACGACCUACUACCCACGAUCUCGGUCCCGUCACCCAUACUUAAAGAGGGUAACUUGGAGAUCCUCGUUAGCACACUCGGCUCCGAAGCCGAUCAAAACGCUGCUACUUUCAACGCCGAUACCUUCCUCGUUCCCACCGUGACUAUACAGACCUCUCACUCGGGUCGGCAUAACGCAAUUCGGUAUCCCGUGCACCGUACUAUUGUGUGCGGGAGUGGAGUCGAUGGGCUUCUUUCAUACAGUACGAUGAUCGGCCGAUCGAACCUGAAGAACGAGGUUUCAUCAAUUCGCGGGGCCAUUGAACUCGCUGCGGCGGAUCAGAAAUCAACUAGCGAGCGUGUUUCCCUGGUAGAUUCCGAUCGCGCUAGCGCGGCACUUGACAAAUUCCGCGAGUCUGUUGACAAUGCCCGGGACUACGAACGUGGAUGGAAUGGCAGUGGUGUACAGCCGCUUAUCGACUGGCUGGCGAACUCUUCCAACAAAUCAACCGGAACCCCCAUGAACCCAACGUUGCUUCCACUGGUGGAGUCUAUCCUCGAUUCUGCUGAUGCCAGUGUACUUGCCAGGGAUGUCAAGGCACUUUAUGAACAGACAGCCGGCGUAGCCCCUGAAGAGAUCCGAUCCAAGUUGGAUAGCGGCAUCACUACCUGGGCCGAGCGCGCUCACUCCGAGCUCCGAAGCUCCCUCGAAGAAGGACUAUCUAGCCCGCGCUGGCGAGGCCUCGCUUGGUGGAAGCUCUUCUGGCGCGUUGACGAUGUCAGCAUGAUCACAUCUGAAAUCCUGGAUAAGAAAUUCCUGCGCCGAGCGGAGCAAGAAGUCAUCUGGAGUUCGGGCAAGUACCAGCAGGCCGGCCUGUUGGACGAACGGUCAAGCUCAAACUCUGAACAGCCAGUUUCAGCGUCCUGGCCCACUCAAAUCCCGGAUCUUCGCACUAAGCUCCUCACUACAACUGUGCCAUCCCUCCAAGCCCUUGCACAGAGCCUAGUCCUUUUCAGCGUGUCCACGACCACUCUGACCUCUGCCUUGUCUGCUUUGACGUAUGUUGCUAUCCCCGCGGCAGGUGUGUACGAGUCAUGUACGCUUGCUGCGGUGGGUCUCAUCUACUCAAUUCGCCGGCAACAGAAGAGAUGGGACGUCGCUCGCACGUUCUGGGAAGAAGAGGUUCGUGAGGAGGGACGCACAUCUCUAUUGGAAACCGAGGCUUCGCUUCGUGAGAUUGUGCGGAAUGGGGGUCAGGCCAUUGAAGAUCUGUCGGAUCCCCGUCCGCGUGAGAGUGUCGCGAAAGCGAGAAAGGCCCUUGAAGACUUGAGAGCUUGA